AUGAAUACGUUUCAGUUACAUCAUCCAACUCGGCAACGCAAACGUUCAGUGGUGGACGCAUUUAAGGAGAAACGAACCGUGAGUGGUGAUGCUCGAAGACGAGUUUCAGCAGAUGUCAAAAAUGCUCUUUCGAACGAUCGAGACUGGGGAUUCGAUAUCCUUCGAUUGGAACGGGUCACUGAAAACCAUGCUUUAUCACAGCUCGGCAUUAAGAUAUUUGAACGCUGGAAGGUGCACGAUACGCUGAGAUGUUCAUCAGAUUUGAUAGCCAAAUGGUUUACCGUUAUUGAGAAUCAUUAUCAUAGUUUGAAUCCUUAUCAUAAUGCCACUCACGCUGCCGACGUUCUACAGGCAACCUCCUAUUUUUUGGAUUCUCCAGCUGUCGCUCAUCACGUUCAGGAUACACACGCAACGGCGGCAUUGAUUGCCGCUGCAGUGCACGAUCUCGAUCAUCCAGGUCGAGGGAAUGCAUUUCUGAUCAAUACUCGGCAAUCGUUAGCAUUACUAUACAAUGAUCAAUCAGUAUUAGAGAAUCAUCAUGUAGCGUUAGCAUUUCAAUUAACACUACAACAGUCGAAUAAUGUGAAUAUAUUUGCAAAAUUGCAUCGCGAUGAGUUUGUCGCAAUACGGCAAGCUGUCGUUGAGAUGGUCUUAUCGACCGACAUGUGUAGACAUUUCGAGUACCUCACUAAAUUCCAACAAACCAUUGGCAAUUUACAUGAAUGUGAUGAAGAACGAGAUACGACAUCGAUGACUGUUUGUCGAAUGUUGAUUAAAUGCGCUGAUAUUGGUAAUCCGACUCGAGAAUGGAACCUAUGCAAGCAAUGGGCCAUGCGAAUCGUUGAGGAGUACUUUGAUCAGACAAGUGAAGAACGUGAGAAGGGAUUGCCGUUAACGAUGGAACUGUUCGAUCGUAACACAUGCAAUGUACCGUUGACACAAUGCGGUUUCAUUGAUAUGUUCGCACGGGAGACAUUCACAAGUUGGAGUGAAUUCGCUGAAUUGCCUGAAUUGCUGAAACAGUUGGAGAUUAAUUAUGAAAAUUGGAGACAACAAACCACCAAUUGGAAUCCUGCACAAAAUACUAAUUUAAUUGAUACAUGA